UGGCAACGCUUUUUGUUCGACUUUCGUUUCUCAGUCAAUAUUUUCAUUUUGGUUUCGAGCGGGGCAUAUUAAAAGAAAUUGGAAUCAAUUUCGCUUAUUCGCUUUUCAAAGUUCUUUUUUUUAAUAACAAAGCUAUGAUUUCAUGUUAGCUUUUAAAGAUCAAAUAUUAUACUGGAAAAUUAAGCAUACGUCGGCUCAGCUUCAUCUAAUCUGCACAUAUCGAAGUUCGCUGUGAGACGGCUCGUUUCAAAGGCCUAUUUCUCCAAAAACGACUGGAUUGCUUAUGAAUUGCGGUAACUUAAGUCAUCUCGCAAUGAGUGCAGAUGGUUCUUCCAUUCGUUUUAGCGACCAUACACUGGACAAAGCAACAAAAGCCAAGGUCACUUUGGAAAAUUAUUAUAGUAAUUUGGUAACCCAAUAUGGAGAGCGCAAGCAACGACUUGCUAAACUAGAAGCCCAGCUAAAGGAUGAAAGUCUAACAGAGUCACAGAGACAAGAGAAAAGGAUCCAGCAUGCACAGAAAGAAACAGAGUUUUUACGUCUAAAAAGAUUACGAUUAGGUGUUGAGGACUUCGAAGCAUUAAAAGUUAUUGGAAGAGGUGCUUUUGGAGAAGUUCGACUGGUGCAAAAAAAGGACACAGGGCAUGUUUAUGCUAUGAAAGUUUUACGUAAAGCAGAUAUGCUUGAAAAGGAGCAAGUCGCCCAUGUGCGCGCAGAACGCGACGUGCUUGUUGAAGCCGACCACCAAUGGGUAGUUAAAAUGUACUACAGCUUUCAGGAUCCCGUCAAUUUGUAUUUAAUAAUGGAGUUCUUACCGGGUGGCGAUAUGAUGACGCUUCUAAUGAAAAAGGACACUCUCUCGGAAGAAUGCACACAGUUCUACAUUAGUGAAACGGCCUUGGCCAUAGAUUCGAUUCAUAAAUUAGGCUUCAUUCAUAGGGAUAUAAAACCCGAUAACCUACUACUUGACUCGCGUGGACACUUGAAGCUUUCUGAUUUUGGACUAUGCACGGGUUUGAAAAAGUCGCAUCGUACCGACUUUUACCGGGACCUUUCACAAGCCAAGCCAUCCGAUUUCAUUGGAACAUGUGCUAGCCCAAUGGAUUCAAAACGGCGAGCAGAGUCGUGGAAACGUAAUCGCCGAGCUUUGGCCUACAGUACAGUUGGAACACCUGAUUACAUUGCCCCAGAAGUAUUUUUACAGACUGGUUAUGGGCCUGCGUGUGACUGGUGGUCUUUAGGUGUAAUAAUGUACGAAAUGCUGAUGGGAUACCCACCAUUUUGUUCGGACAAUCCUCAAGAUACAUACCGGAAAGUGAUGAACUGGCGAGAAACAUUGAUAUUCCCGCCCGAAAUCCCAAUAUCCGAAGAAGCGAAAGAUACAAUUGUCAAAUUCUGCUGCGAGGCCGACCGUCGUUUAGGCUCACAACGUGGUUUAGAAGAUGUAAAAUCAGUGCCAUUCUUCAGAGGAGUGGAUUGGGAACAUAUCCGCGAGCGUCCUGCGGCCAUUCCCGUCGAUGUGCGAUCAAUUGAUGAUACGUCCAACUUUGAUGAAUUCCCUGAUGUUUCGCUCGAAAUACUUCUUGUUUGUAUAUUUACAGCAUCAGCCCCUAUACCUCAAGGCAGCGAAAUAGCCAAGGACUGGGUGUUCAUAAACUACACAUUUAAGCGCUUUGAAGUUCGAAAUUUAGAGUGAAGUUGUUGCUAUCCCGUCAUUGCUCCGUAGAAAUGCUUUAUGAAACUUGAUUCAAUGAUUUUAUAUCGAACAUGAAUAAUUUAAGAUUAUAUUUAUUGAGUUAAAUUAGAAAAAGUAAUAACCAGUGUGCAUAAUUAACUUUAUUAACUAUUUAUUGUUGUCCCAUAUUUAAUCAUUUGCAAAUGUAAGUAUGGUGUGUGGGUUUGUGAUGAUCAUUUUCAAAUCUACUUAAAGUAAGUUUUGUUGAAAAAUGUCCACUCGCCAAAUUUUAAAAGAUAGUUUCCAGGCACGUCUAAGUUUUUUCUUGAAUAAUUGUUGCAUUGCUUUCUUCAAUUUGCAAUUUAUAGUCGUAUGCAAAUUAGUGCAUAUAACUAUUCAUGGGCGUCGCUACCUAGGGGCAGGGGCUCGAGGCACCGCGCCCCAAGCCUCCCCCUCCUAACCUUUGAAUUUUACCUUCCAUGAAGGUAUACAAAACUAAGAAAUGGUCUCUGAAAGCAAAAUUCUUUACCCGGGAGUAAAAUGUGCCUUACAACUUCACUUAGCUCUGCCGUGUACUUACAAACUUGCACAAUUGAAAGGUAGUUUAGCACACUAAAGACCGUUUUCUGAAGUAACCUUUAAGUUUAAAGUUCAGGUAAUAUUUAAAAGUUGGAUUAAAAGUAAAGCUAUGUCUAAAGUUAAGCAUUUCUAAAAUCGGUUUAUGACGUAUGCGUAUUUCUUGGUUGUAAACUAAUUUAAAACGGAUAGUAGAAUGCUUUACUUUAGACACAAUCAUAAAUUUUAAUGCAACCUUUAAAUAUAAAGGGAGCUUUAAAGUUACACGUUACUUGAGAAAACGGCCCUAAGAAGGGUAAAAACUUGGCUGCGCUCCACAUGAGCGAAACUCGACUUAACGGUAAUCAUCUACAUAUAUAUAAUUGCUCAAUCAUACGACUAAGGGCGAUCUGUAGCAGCUACAAAAUUAGGCUAUAUAUCAAAUUAAAGUGCAAGCUGCAGUUGCAGUUGACCGUGUUUGUCACAAGAGUAAAAAGUGGCAGAAAAGUCGUGUGGGCAAUAUACUCUAUUGAAAAAUAUUAACAAAUUUUUCGUCGAAUUGAGUUUCGGAAAAGGUGUUAGAUAUUAUUCAUAGUUUUGAAAUAUAUUUCACGAAAGCAAAAAUUAUAUCACUGACCAAUUUAAAGGACCCUGAAUGACGGCAAAGCUCAAAGUUUUUAUUUUUAUAAAUAUAUUGAUGUGUUUUUCGAAAUGAACGAUCCAAAAUUAGCGAGUGUACAUAUUUUAAAAUUUUUAUCAGUGGUUGAAUUUUUUACUGCAAGGGUUAAAAAAGGCUUAGUUUAAAAGUGUGAUAUUCAGGCUGGUUCUGCAAUUCACUUUCGACUGAAUUUCAAUAAACUUCGCUUUGAAUUCAAAUUGGCAGGGUUUGAGAUUCACUCGGAAGUGAAUUGCAGAACCUGCCUGAUUAAAUGCCGUUCACCAUACACGUUGCCAAUUUUCAGUUGUUAUUGCGUUUCAGAUUACGACCAAUAAAGCCCUUAAGAAGGAUAUUGUGAAAGGUUGAACUAUACAUUAAAGAUGACUAUUUUCUUACGGUCUACUGUACGAAGCUUUGAGUAGAGUAAGGUCGUUUAAGAACUUAAAGUUAUCAGGUCUCUAGCAAUACAAGAUCAGUUGUUGUCUUUAACGAAGUUUUUAAAUAAAUAUUGAGCUAAAUACUGAAA